GCCACAUGUUUAGCCACAGCCGCGCCACAGUCCCUUGCCCUGAGCCGUGAACGAAUGAAAGGCAUGACUAGCAUUCCCGACGCGCCCGUUGCGAUUCCACGCGUCUUACACCAUCCCGAAAACGAAAACCCAAACAUCCACGACGACGCACCGCACGACCGCCGCCACCGCUCAAUCGUCUACCGCCAUUACCAGCGCCAGAGCUCCGUACGCACGCACCCCACCCGGUGGGACCAGUCCAGCGGCCGCAAUACAUACCCAUCAUGCACAUCAAACAGAUCAUCAUCCAAGGCUUCAAAUCCUACAACGAGCAAACCGUGAUCGAGCCGUUCUCGCCCAAAUGCAACAUCAUCGUCGGGCGCAACGGGUCCGGAAAGUCCAACUUCUUCGCGGCGAUCCGGUUCGUGCUGUCAGACGCAUACACGCAGAUGGGGCGGGAGGAGCGACAAGCCUUGUUGCACGAGGGGUCGGGCUCCGCCGUGUUAUCCGCCUACGUCGAGAUCAUCUUUGACAACUCUGACGAACGCUUCCCGACGGGCGGGAGCGAGGUUGUACUAAGACGCACUAUUGGGCUCAAGAAGGAUGAGUACACCCUCGAUAGGAAGAAUGCGAGUAAGAGCGAUGUUAUGAAUUUACUCGAGAGCGCCGGGUUUUCGAGGAGUAAUCCCUACUAUAUCGUCCCCCAGGGAAGGGUCACUACCCUUACGAAUAUGAAGGAUGCCGAGAGGCUGCUGCUGCUGAAGGAGGUCGCGGGGACGCAGGUCUAUGAGCAGCGGCGGACGGAGAGUCUCAAGAUCAUGGACGAUACGGAUAAUAAGCGGGCGAAGAUCGACGAGCUGCUGAAGUACAUUGAGGAGCGGCUGGGGGAGCUGGAGGAGGAGAAGGAGGAGCUCCGGGGCUACCAGGAGAAGGAUCGUGAGCGCCGGUGCUUGGAGUACACCAUCUACCACCGCGAGCAGGUCGAGAUCGGGAAUGCCCUGGACCAGAUCGAGGAGGGGAAGAUCCGGGGGCUGGAGAGCAAUGAGGACUCCAGGGAGGCGUUUGUGGAGCGCGAGAAGGCGAUCCGCGAGCUCGACGGCCAGAUCAAUAAUAUCAAGCAGGAGGUGGAGCUGCACCGGAUGGAUAAGACGCAGCACGAGGAGGAGCGCCGCGAGCAUGUGCGACGGCAGGCGCAGAUCGAGCUGGAUGUCAAGGCGCUCUCCGAGGACCAGGAACAUCUGCAGGAGGCUAGACAGCGGUACGAGGAGGAGCUCGAGGAGAUCACAGCGGCCAUUGCGGAGCGAGAAGCGGAAUUGCAGGAUCUGCUCCCGGGAUACAACGAGAAGAAGGAACAGGAGAGCAAGCUGAAGCAGGAACUCGCGGAGGCGGAUGCGGCUCGUCAGCGGCUGUACGCGAAACAGGGACGGAAUAAUCGCUUCCGCAGCAAGAAGGAGCGGGAUGAUUGGUUGAAAGACGAGAUCAAGGAGUAUCAGAACGCGCUUUCAAAGAGCAAAGUCAUCGCCAAGAACCUGGAUAAGGAGAUCGCCGAGUCGAAGAAAGCCGUUAGCUCUUUAGAAGAGGAGAUUGAGGAUGCUCGUCACAGACUCGAUGGCCGAGACGAGGAGAUCAACAAGAUCCUGGAAGAUGUCGCUGCGAAAAAGAACGUACGAGACGAGCUGAUGGACACACGCAAGCGUCUCUGGCGUGAAGAUACCCAGCUGGAUAGUACCCUCAAAACAUACAAGGCGGAACUCGACCGAGCAGAACGGACACUCUCCUCAGUGAUGGACAACAAUACAUCUCGCGGGCUCAAGGCCGUCCGCAAGAUCAAGGACGAGCUGGCGCGAUCCGGCAACCGCGGCUGCUACGGAACCCUCGCCGAGCUCAUCCUCAAGAUCGAAGAGCGCUACCACACCGCAGUCGAGGUCACAGCAGGCCAGAGUCUGUUCCACUAUGUAGUCGACAACGACGAGACCGCGACGCGGGUCCUCGAACAACUCAACAAAGACAAAUCCGGACGACUGACGUUCAUGCCCCUGAACCGGCUCAAGCCACGGGCGGGGAAGCUGCCGAACGCAAACGACGCCAUCCCUAUGAUGUCCAAGCUCCAGUUCGACCCCAAGUACAGCAAGGCGUUCGAGCAGGUUUUCGGCAAGACCAUCAUCUGUCCCGACCUCAAUGUGGCGUCGCAGUAUGCUCGUUCCCACGGAGUAAGCGCCAUCACCCUUCCCGGUGAUCGCGCCGACAAGAAGGGAGCGCUCACUGGAGGGUUUCACGAUCCCCGGCGGAGCCGUCUUGAGGCCGUAAAGUCGGUCAAGCAUUGGCAGAGGCUGUACGACGACGAGUCUGCCAAGGCGGCGGGGAAGAAGGCGGAGAUCGAGAGGAUAGAUCAGGAGAUCACGCAUGCGGUUGGAGAGCUGCAGAAAGCCACGGCACGACAGGCGCAGGUCGAGAACUCGUUCGCGCCGUUGCGCUCAAAGCUGCAGGGCAUGGUUGCGUCGCUGGGUCAGCUCCAGGAUAAUCUCGAGCGGAAGAUCAAGAGCAGGGAAAACGUCGAGGCGUCGCUCAAGAGUAUGAACGAGCAGCUGGAGGCCUAUCAAGCCGAGAUCAGUAGCGGGUUUAAGAAAUCGCUUACUCCAGAGGAAGAGGCCAAGCUUGAGGAGCUCGCGCAAAGAUGCCAGGAACUCAGAAAGGAAGUCGGAGUCGUCAGUGCUGAGCGCGCAGAGAAGGAAUCGCGGAAGUCGAUUCUCGAGGUCGAGCUGCGCGAGAAUCUGAGGAUGAGACUGGACCAGCUCAAGGGUCAGAGCAUGGAUAACCUCGAGGCCACCGAUACCGGACAUGGUGGACGCCGUCGCGGAGAUCUCAAGGCUGCUGAACGCGAGCUGAAGGAGGCUAAGGCUAAGCUGAUCAAGAUUAAGGAACAGCUCAGGACUGCCGAAGAAAACAUCAGCACGGCUACGAAACAACUCGACGCCCUGGAGAAGGAGAAGGCGGAGCUACAGGCCGAGCAGCAAGACGAAGCGCGCAACAUCGAGCGCCAGAAGAAGCGCAUUGAAAAGUCCAUGGCCAAGCGCGCCCUCCUCCAGGAGAAAGCCGCCGAAUGCUCACGCAACAUCCGCGACCUUGGUGUUCUCCCCGAAGAAGCCUUCGAAAAAUACGAGCGCGUAGAAUCAAACAGAGUUGUCAAGCACCUCCACAAGGUUAACGAUGCACUCAAAAAGUUCAGCCACGUCAACAAGAAGGCCUUCGAGCAGUACAACAACUUCACCAAGCAGCGCGACACCCUCCAGAAGCGCCGCGAGGAGCUCGACAAAUCCCAGGCUUCCAUCGAGGAACUCAUCCAGGUUUUGGACCAGCGGAAAGACGAGGCGAUCGAACGCACCUUCCGCCAGGUAUCAAAGGACUUCGCAGAGAUUUUUGAGAAGCUCGUUCCCGCGGGCCGCGGCCGCCUCAUCAUCCAGCGCAAGGCGGAUAAGGGCCAGACACUGGACGACGACGAGGACAGCGACGGCGACGAUAGGCCCAAGGGAAACGUCGAGAACUACACGGGAGUUGGAAUCUCCGUCAGCUUCAACUCGUCGGACGACGAGCAGCAGAGAAUCCAGCAGCUCAGUGGUGGUCAGAAGUCGCUCUGUGCCCUCGCCCUCAUCUUCGCGAUCCAACAAUGCGACCCCGCGCCAUUCUACCUGUUCGACGAAGUCGACGCCAACCUCGACGCACAAUACCGCACAGCAGUAGCGCAGAUGGUAAAACACCUGAGCAGCCGCGACAACGGGCAGUUCAUAUGCACCACGUUCCGGCCAGAGCUGGUGCAGAUCGCCGAUAAGCACUACGGAGUCCUGCACAAGAAUAAGCAGUCCUCGGUCGACGCCGUCACGAAGGAGGAGGCGCUGGAGUUUAUUGAGGGGCAGAAGGUGUAGCAGGUAGGUAACAGGUAGAUACUAUUGGUGGUGGGGGUUGUGGUAGUACUUCCGGGGGGGGGAGUGGGGG